AUGUUAGGCAAUGGCAGCCUCGACGACGCUCUGAAAAAGUUCCAGCAGAAGUUCAAAGACAAGUCUGGACUUCGAUGGGAAGACAGAUGCGAGGAUCCGAAACCCGGAAAAUAUGCUUUUGUUGAAAAAAACUACCAAGAAGAUUCCGACGAGGACAUGGAGCCCGAUGGCCGUGACAUCCAGGUGGUCGACGAUUACGAACCGCCUCCAUGUUCUCUUCCUGAGGCUGUCAGGGGUCUCAUGGACUUGAUAUUUAAUCGUCAAUUUUUUGCUGCUACGAUGACGGCCUUGAAUUACGACGCAAACAAGCUUCCGCUGGGGAAACUUAGCAAGACUACUAUCAGCCGUGGCUUCCAGGCGUUAAAGGACCUAUCUGCUCUUCUAGAUGAUCCAGAUCUUGCGGGAUCUUUGUACAAUGAAGCAUUGCCUCUCGCCAUACAGAAUCUGUCCAACCUCUACUAUUCUGUCAUACCUCACGCAUUCGGCCGAUUUCGACCACCCAUCAUCAACGGCUACGCUCUCCUCAAGAAAGAAGUCGAGCUUCUGGAGAGUCUGAGCGACAUGAAAGACGCAGAACUACUCAUGAAAGUAGAGAAAGCAAAACAAAAACCCAAUGUGCACCCAACAGAUAAGCUAUACCAAGAACUAGGCAUGAAGGAGAUGACCACACUCGACCACGGCAGCACCGAGUUUCAUGAGUUGGCGAACUACCUCUUCUCAUCACGAGGAUCAACCCACAGCAUCGAGUAUGAAGUUGAGGAAAUAUUCCGUAUCGAAAGACAAGACGAGAAGCUUCGCUUCGAUGCUUCUGUUGUUUCUGGUUCGACCAAAAACAAGCGUUUGUUAUGGCAUGGUUCGCGAGUGACAAACUUCGCAGGAAUACUAAACCAGGGACUGCGCAUAGCACCACCAGAAGCUCCGGUUUCUGGUUACAUGUUUGGAAAGGGCAUAUAUUUAGCCGACAUGUCAUCCAAAUCCGCAAACUAUUGCUGCUCGGGCGCUUUCGGUGGUACAGCGCUUUUGUUGCUUUGCGAGGCGGAUUUGGGAAAUCCGGUACAAGAGCUCAUCAACGCCUCGUACACGGCUGGGGAUGAUGCCAAGGCCAAGGGCCUGUUUUCCACUCUAGGACAGGGCCAGAUAGGCCCUUUGGCCUGGAAGGAUGCCGGUUGUAUUCAUGAAGAUCUGACUGGUGUUAAGAUGCCGGACGUCGCCAUUUCGCCUGGGCCCACAGGACACCCCAACGCACACCUUCUAUACAACGAGUACAUUGUAUAUGAUGUGUCUCAAAUACGACUGCGGUAUCUCUUUAGAGUUCGCAUUUGA